UAUGAGGCGAUAAAAGUGAUCAAAUUGUUUGAUGGUUGAUGAAAAUGGAAUUUAGUUGUAUCGAUAGUUGAUUAUAAAACAUCGAUGCCGAUAUCUGUUUAUUUCUUUUUUACGUUUCAUCUUCUUCUUUAUUAGGUAUCUUUGUUAAUAAAAGGAGAGCUUAAAAGUUUUAGUAGCAAAAAUAGUGAUUCUUAUUGGUUACAAAUAUUAAUUUUGUGUCCAGUCCUGAUUCUUAUUUGCUCGAAAAUAUGUUCUUUAAUCAUGUAAAAACGCAAGUGCAAAAAAUAAUCUUUAUUCUAAAGAAAGGUAGUAACGUUUUAAUGUGUGCUUUGUGAAAUAAGACAAACCUUCCUAAUUUGAGAUUUAAAUAAAAGAGAUUGAGCGAGGGGAAUUUAGCUUUGUCAAAUCUAAGUUUUCAACUUUUGUGCUGUGUACAGUAUAGACUGAAGUAUUUUUCCUUCGUCAUAUAAGUACUAACAAUAUGAUAUUCUGUCUAUAUUUUUCUUUCCUAUUCUUUUUAUUCAGAAUUUUUGCCAAAUUAUUUCAAAUCAAUAAAUGUUAUUAUGAAUUUUAUCAAGAUCAUAAUUGUUUGGAGUCGUGCGUGAAGAAAUGCCAGACAGAACACGUGACAGGUUCAUGUGAAAAGAAAUGUGGUCACUGUUUGAAGAAAACAAAGCAAAAGCUUCAAAUAAUCACAGAAUACGAAAACGAGUGCGUUUCUGGAAAUUGCAACGAAACUAGUAAAAACACUGAUCAUCCAGGAAAUACUAACUUCACCACAAAUAUCGAAAUCCAUAACGUUAUUGGCAAUGGAAGUGGAACGUGUUGUCCUACGUGUCGACCACCAGUUCCGUGUUAUGAGUCCUCCCGCGGUUAUGAGCCCGCCCGGGGUUAUGAGCCCGCCCGCGGUUAUGAGCCCCCGUGCCCUCCACACAUAUGUCCCCCGUAUUGGAAUCCUCCUCGACCUUAUCCGCAGGUUAUAGCACAGCCUUCUGUAGGAUUAGUCUUUCUACUAACGUUUGGAUGUCAAUAUACUAAUCAAUGGCCUUGCUCCGAUCAAUAUAUAAGAAAUCCAAUAGGGCCAAUUGAUUGUUCGGGUUGUUUAUAUCCACAGACCCAGAUUAGGUGCGACGCGACUUGUUAUAAUAUAGCGAUUAAUAAGCAGUAUGGCGGUGGUGGCAUAAGUGGUACCCUCGGAUAAUAAGCAUAAAAAAGUCAAUAGUAUGUUAUUACGGAACUGUAACAGCUAUAAAAGUAGAAACAUAGAAACCAAAAUAUAAUACUUAUAAAUAUAUGAUAAAUAUAAGUAAAAUAUAAUUAC